ACACGAACCAAUCGAAUGAAGUUGACAUUCUAUUCGAACACUAAAGUUAUUUGAUAUAAACAUAAUUAAUAAAUGUCGCUACUCCACAGUCCUAAUAUGUCACUUGGAAUUUCUUAGGUCAACACUCGCUAAGCGACGAGAGAUGAAAAGAAAUAAUAGCAAAUCGUGUUGGCCGUAAACAAUGCAGGAAUAAUAUAACUUGUAGCUGUAAAUCGAUGGUAUUCGUCGGCCUGUUUCUGCUCCUACGGUGCUGGUUUUUGAACGGUAUGGUGUAUGGAAUGCGUGUUAAAUUUGUGGCGUCUUUACUGAUAUGUAAACUACCGCAAAGUUUCUGACAAUUUGAUCUGCUUAUCCUCUGUCAAUUCGGACAGGCUUUCAAGAAUUUUAAAUCACACAGUGUAAUACUAGAAAUGUCUAGAUUUUAGACUUCACAGAUAGUAUUUAUACUAUUAAACCAGCGAAUCGUUUGGGUUUAUUUAUUAAACUACAAAAGUCAAUUUGUUACAUUAUUAUGUCUCGUAUAAAAGGCGACCCCGACGUCCUAAAGGCUAAGCUAUCCAAAAAGAUUGCCGAAUUGAGUUCGGUUGUACAGUUAUUGUUUACGCGCAACCAUGAGAAGGAACUCGAGCUGUCGGCCACCAAGAAAGCUUGCCAGGAUGAAAUUCGUCGAGUCACCGAAGAAGGAAAGAGCAAACUAAACUGGCUUGAGAAACAGCUGGACGAUUUAGAGCGAUUUCGAACCUUACUUGAGAUGAAGACGGACGAAUGUGAACGUACGAAAGCCACCGUCGAGACGCUUCACGAGAAGCAGUUGCAAGCCGAACGAAAAGUGAUCGAACGUGGCACGAUGCUGAGUGAAGCGUUAGCCGAAAUCGAGAACUUGAAAAAGGAUAUUGCAGCUCGCUCGCCUGAAGAGGUCGAAGCGUUAAAACGCGAAAAGUUGGAACUGUCAAAUGAGCUUUCGAGCGAGCGAGUAAAUUUGACCCAACAAAAGGAUUUAGUAUGUGAUUUACAAAAUAAAGUCGAACUCAUUGAGGCUAACCUCAGCAAUAUGCUAAGCGAAAAUCAAACUUUAAAACAAGAAUGUACGCAGCUAAAAGACGAUUUAUCGUUCGCACAGGACGAAGUUCGCACGCUAACGCAUUCUCUGCACGAAGCGAAACGACAUGGGGAACGAGCGCUUCAGAGGACUCGGAAACUUGAAGAAAAAAAUAAACAAAUCGCAGCUGAAAAAUCAGCUUUGGAGAGGAAUAGUGAACAGUUAAAUGAACAAAUGAACAAGUUACUUUUAGCAAAACAGUUUGGAGAUAAGCCGAUGACGAAGAUUAGGCCUUCAUCUCCCAAGACAGUGGAUAUUACUGCAUUAGCAUUCGAUAAAAUAAAGCCAAAGCCGACACAGGUAAUUAUAUAGAGGGAUUACUCCAAAUCCCUGUUUGUUUUUACAACUUUUAUAUUAGAUAGUACCAGUUAUAUUCAUUUCACUCAAUUCACUGGAUAAUACCAGAGUGGUGACUCUAAAUCCCAUGCGAGGCACUCUCCCCUAUACUAAUAUUGCAUCUAUGUGGUAACAGUAAAUAGUACAUAAACAUACACCAAUUGCCCAAUUCAAUCUAUCCAAAAUGAGUAUGCUAAUUAAUAUCCUACAGCACGCGCGAUAAUAUCCUGUCAACUCUCAUCAGCUCUUUUUCUCGUUUGACCGAGCCGAGCAAUGAGAGCCGUUGAGAAAACUCUAUUUAUGCAACCACGGAUAAACACUAUCCCGUUUUGUUGGAUAGCGCGCUAUCCAGACUUCAAACAGCCCAGGGCAUUAUGUUGUAAUUGGAAACGGUAAGAAAAUAUUUCAAUUCUCAUUUUAGAAAGACGACGAGGUUCAGUUCCUGAAAAACGAAAUAGAGAAAUAUCGUCUUGAAUUGAAAAAUAGAGAAGUGAAUUUCAACCGCGUGUUUGCUGAUAAAACUCCACUCAUUAUAAAGAAACCUGCAGAAAUCACGGCUGAAGAAAUGGUGGGUAAUUUUCACUAUUUUAUAAACUGAAUAAAAAUUUGUUAAUGCAUGGUACAGUAAAAGUAACCACCUGACAUUCUGUGUAUUUUUUGUCGAAAAUUUAUAGUUUCAAAAAAGCUCAUUAUGUUUUAAGUCAUAUCUUGAAUUUCAAGGCCGGAAAAAUCAACUAAACUACCAUCUCUUGGGAAAAAAACUUUGACCACUCUACCACAGAGUAAUUAUAUACAGAGGUCUCACUUCCGCGAAAAAAACCGUAAAGUAGUUUUUGCUGCGCAUAUCUGCCGGUCAUGUUCUUAGCAAAUGCCCUAAGUGAGGCAUUCCGCAUUCACACCCCCACCCCCCCGGGACAUUAAAUUUCAAUAUGUUUUCAGGGGUCGACGGCCUCUCUUUAGGGAACUUGGCUAAGAACAUAACGGGCAUUACGCUAAAUUAACCUGAAGUGAGACCUCUGUAUGUAAUUACUCUGUGGCCCAAAGUUGGGAAUUCUACAUCCUCGUUCCCAGGGCUUCUCGGCUGACAACGCAGGCAGCCGAGAAACCUGGGAACGAGGAUGGGAAUUCUACGCAAUGACGAAAUUUAACAUAUUUUGCGUUCUCUUUUCCUUGUAGCGUUUGAGGAAUUUAACGGGCUUGACAAGUUUCAAAAAGACGUACACUACAUUGCCUUCUGUUGUCAGUGCAGAGUCUAAACCUGUCAAUGGUUUCCAUUCAACAAGGAUGAGGAAAAUGAAACAUUUAUGAAGAUUUUGUAUAGCAUUAUUAUAGCUUGUAUUUAUAUUAUUGUAAUAAAACCAAAGGCACUAAACCAAAAACACCUUUAAAAGAGUUUAUCAAAUAACAGCAGGGUUAUUUCUUUCCCCACCCCUAACGUUGCAAGUGUCACUUUUUUCCCUAUCUGGGAGCGGUCUGCAGGGAAGACUGAUACCUUUGACAAGUGGUGAGGCCAAAUCGUAUCGUAAAUUCUUUAAUAUAUUUUGUCAGUGUUGCUUUAAGUUAUUGUGUUUUAAAGUUGUUGUGACCUAUUUUAACAUUAAUAGGACUUCAAAUGCAUGUGUACUCUAAAUAAUGUCCUAAAUAAUGUCCAUUGCGUUUUCAAAAUAUUUGUUUUCAACAUUUUUUGGAUGGGUCAAGUUGUCCAAUAUAUUGUAAACCAUGCAUGGGAAUAACUCAUUUUCAUAAUUCUAUUUUUUAUAACUUUCAUUGCUUUAUUCUAUGCUUUUUCAUGCCACUUAAACCCCAAAUAUAUAUUUUUUGAAUAUAUGUGUAAUACUUGGAUCAGUCUAGGAAGAGGUGUAAUAUCUUUUUAUAGUAUCAAAAAUCUCAUGUUGAUCAACUUUUGCACUGUUAAAGUUUUUGGAUAUGAUUUCAUUUGUUGUAUUGCAAAUAAUUAGCUUUCCUUUGUUUUUUGCUCCAAAAAUUCAUCUUAUUCAUGGAAUGACAUCAUACAAGGAAUACUUAAUUUCAUUGCUAAUUAUUAUAUGCUUUUUCAUAAAGUGCCACUAACCCCAACUAUGAUGUUUUGUAUAUAUUUGGAUCAUUCUAGUGAGAAGUGUAACGUAUCUUUAUGGAAAAAAACCUUAAAUUGAUUAAUUUUUUCACUGUUAAAGUUGUUGGAUAUGAUGUCAUUAGAUGUAUUGCAAAUUAGCUUUCCUUUGUUUAUUGCUCCAAAAAUCCAGGUACUAAAGUAGCCAUGAAGGACUAGCCCAGUUAGUUGGCUAAUGACAUCAUACAAGGUCAGUGAAAAAGUUGGUCAAGAUGAGCUUUUUUACUAUAAAGAUAUAUUGCAUUUCUUCUAAGAAUGACCAAAAUUAAUAAUACCAAAUAUGCAUACCAAAAAUCAUAUUUGGGGUUAAAAACCUAUUUGAUGCUAACCAGUCAUACAAUUGAAUGAGAGACUUGCAUAUUUUAGUAUUACACUAAUAUUAAUAAAUUAUUAAUAAAUAUUAAUAACCACUCAUAAUUAUGAGAGGAUGCCUCCCAUUAGCAAACAUCAUGCCUUGGUUCUGAGGGUGUCCACUUAUGGGAGGUUUGAUUGUAUACAUAACUAGAUGUCACAUAAUAUAUACGGUACUGUAUGCAUCCUCGAUAGCUGCAUGUACAUGUAACACCUUACUCUGAACCUUUGCUGACUUCCUGUUCUACCAAACCCCUCACUCUAUCAAUAGUCAAGCCAUUUUUAUUUACCAACACUGAUUUAAUCUGAGAUCUUAAUCCUUUCUCAACAAUGAUGUUUGUUUUCCUUAGUCGCAAUAUGGAUGCGAGAUAAGUCACCAGUUCAGCAUUCGCUUCGCCUUCUCGAGCUGGAGCACCCACUCGAACUCCAAUACAAUCAUCUGCUAUAUCUAAAAUGAAAUUACAUCGUAAGGCCAAAAAAGAAAGAAAUAC